UCUAAUUUUUGUGCGAAUGUUUAUUGUCAGUGCUGUAUCAAACAGUUUUUAUUUGGCUCUAGUUUAUUGUAAUAACCUUGGUCUUCGUAUCCUUUUUGCAUUGUAUGAGUAUACAAUGUAAAUAUAAUCUUACAACCUAGUGUAUUUUUCGAAGUCCUUUGUGUUUCACAUUUCCGUGAGAUCUUGUUUGUCACAGAGUGGACUACGUUUUUGUUUCUGAUUGGACCAUCCCGCUGAAGCGCAAGCUGGCCAAUGAGCGAUCAGGAAGAGGCCGAUGGCGUCGAUAUAAAGUGAGACUCUGCUGCUACACAGUAGCCUGUUUCUCCUCGGCAAACGGAAAAAGAUUUAAACAUGUCUGGACGUGGUGGCAAAAGCGGCAAAGCGAGAGCUAAGGCAAAGUCUCGCUCCUCACGAGCCGGGCUUCAGUUCCCUGUAGGUCGUGUUCACAGGCUGUUGAGGAAGGGGAACUACGCAGAGCGCGUUGGUGCUGGAGCACCAGUGUAUCUAGCGGCUGUGCUCGAGUAUCUGACCGCUGAGAUUCUAGAACUAGCAGGAAACGCUGCCCGCGACAACAAGAAGACCAGGAUCAUUCCCCGUCAUCUGCAGCUGGCUGUCCGUAACGAUGAAGAGCUGAAUAAGCUGUUGGGUGGAGUGACUAUCGCUCAGGGUGGUGUGCUACCCAACAUCCAGGCCGUGCUUCUUCCUAAGAAAACUGAGAAGGCGAAGUAAACCUCCAGUAUUUCAUAAAACGGCUCUUUUAAGAGCCACA